AUGAGACCUAUUAAAUUGAUGGGACAUGAACGUUCCUUGACUCAAGUGAAAUACAAUAGAGAAGGUGAUUUGCUUUUCUCUGUGGCGAAGGAUAAUGCAGCAUCGAUAUGGUACUCAUCGAAUGGUGAAAGAUUAGGAACCUUGGAAGGUCACCAGGGUGUGAUCUGGUCUAUUGAUGUUGAUCCAGAGACCUUGUUAUGUGCCACUGGAGGUGGUGAUUUGGCUGUUAAGUUGUGGACAGUUGAAAAUGGUCAGUGUGUAUAUACAUGGAACAGCCCAUCUCCAGUAAGGAGGGUGUCGUUUUCUCCUGAUGGAAAGAAACUCUUGGUUAUUGCUGACCAAGUGAUGGGUCAUAUUGGUACCAUCUCUGUUUAUGAUAUAAACCGCGAUACCGCAUCGCUAACCAACCAAGCCGAGACGGCGUCUCUUGUGAUUGAAACCGAACAAAAUGGUUCAAAAGCCACCGUUGCAGGAUGGUCCGAGGAUGGAAGAUUCAUCAUUGCAGGACACGAUAACGGUUAUGUUUCCAAGUACGAUGCUCACACCGGAGAGCUUCUCAAAUCUUUACAAGCACACGGAAUCCACAAUGAGGAGAAAAACGUUAGUGUUACUGACAUUCAAUUUGCCCCAGAAGAUAGAUCAUAUUUCAUCACAUCAUCAAAGGACAAGUGUGCUGUUUUGACGGAUGUGGAUACAUUUGAAAUCUUGAAGGUCUAUAAAGCCGAUGCACCAAUGAACACUGCAGCCAUUACACCACUCAAAGACUUUGUUAUUUUGGGAGGAGGUCAAGAGGCAAGAAACGUCACUACAACUGCAGAGUCGCAAGGUAAGUUUGAGGCUAGAUUUUAUCACAAGAUUUUCGAAGAAGAAAUUGGACGUGUCAAGGGUCAUUUCGGUCCUUUGAAUACCGUUGCCGUGCAUCCAGAUGGAACAGGAUACAGUAGUGGAGGAGAGGAUGGUUUCAUUAGAGUCCACACUUUCGACAAGUCAUACAAAGAUUUUCUUUUUGAUGCAGAAAGAACAGAAAAGGCAGCUGCAGCUGGAUUAGAUUAG